AUGGCGUUUACACAACAGUUUAGUGAUGUCUAUUCCACUCAGCAUGUCCCAUCUAUGUGCCCUACUGUGUCUUCUGUUGUUCAUAGUACCAAGUGUUUGUCCAGUCACCUUUCAUGUAUUGCUGAGGAAAAAAACGGUGGAGAAACGAUAAGGGUGAUAUGGAGUGUGGCCUUAAAAACAAGGAUGAGGAGAUCGAGGAGGACACAUGAUGCUAUAGAAUCGAAGGCAUUGAAGUCCAUGGAUGCAUACAAACUAAAAAGGAAAAGAAGAGAGAGUAUCUUCCCCUUCUCUCACAAAAAUCACAAUCUUUUUUCGUUUAUGGUAGCAUACGUUGCUACUGCUUCUAAGCAAAAGCUUUGUUCCUCCAAAAUAACAAAAAAGCAUGAGACGGAACCACCAUUUUUAGCUUUAAAAAUUAAAAUCGAUAAGACUCGAAGAAAGGUGGGGUGGACCUUAAAAUUUGGAGGAGAGGUGUGUGUUAUUGAGAUGGUUCUUUCUGCUGCACAGGUUUUGGCUUCCUGGAAAUCAUCAGCUUCACUUGUUUUCCAUUCUUUGCUGAUGCGGAUAGUUUCAGCUGAGAGUGUUGCUUUUAGAGUUUUGACUUGUGCAACAAGAAGGAUUCCAUUGCUGGGGCUUACUCCUAUUUGUUUGAGAUUUGGCGCUGACAUAUGUGGCUGGUAUCCACGGAUGUUAAGUUGUUGA